GCUUCACUGCUGACUUGUAGGGUUCAUGGAGGUGUUGCUGAGGUCGUGCUGAAGCUUGUCUCAAGGUCUCUUUUUUUUGUCUCUCUGUCUCCCUGUCUCACAUGUCAGAGGUGAGGGAUUAUGCCUGUGUUUGGAAUGUGGCCCGGAGGUGAAAGACUCUGAGAGAAGCCACAAGCUGCUUAGUGUUAGCGAGGGUGAAAGAAGGGAAGGAGGAGAGAGAGAAGCCUUUGCGAGACCGGGCUUGUGGAUCUGUGCAGUCUUUGCCAUGUUGGUCCUGAGCAGCCGGGCUGCAGAUGUGAUUCCGGAGGGCACAGCUUCGAUUCGGCACCUGCAAGCUGAGGCAGCUGUGUACCAAGUCUCUGUGUUCCUGCAUGAGACUUUAAGAGGUGGAGAAGAGGGUGGGAAAAAAGGAGAGGCCACGUCUGAAGAGGUGAAGCUGACUACGGAGAAGGAGGAGGACUCAAGAAGGGAGGAACCGAGUGAGAGCCUGGGGCAGAGGAGGAGGGUGGCUGAGAAGAAGCUUGGCAGGUGGCCUUACCUGAGCGGCACGGGCGGGCUGGGAAGUGGAGGGAGGAGGUUGGAAGAACUAGGAAUGAGAACAGACCGGUUUCCAGCACUGCUCCAGGACAGUUCUAUGCUUGAGCUGUCUGUUGCAGAUUGCAACUUGGCCUCAGACGAGAGAACAGCACGAACAAAGGAGCUUACCUCCACUUCUGAAGUCGAUCACUUACCUGGAAAGGAAUACUGUAAUGUUGCUCCUGGAGAGGCUACAGCAGACCCCCAUGUGGUGGUCCUGCGAAGGUCUACCCCUGGGAUGCGACUCCUUAGCGGCAGGCAGACAGUGAGCAUGUAUGGCUCCCCAGAUGAGCCCCAAAAACAGUGGAUUACGGCAACGCUUCCCCGGGAUACAUCCAGAAGACCUCAAAGUGUAUGUAUGUUGGCUGCCUCGCAUUCCAGCAGUCUGCUUGUGACUAACAGAGGUAAAACUGACCAUGUGGAUGUUUCUUUGCAGCGCAGAUCCAGGAAAGCUGAGCUCCGUACAAUUGAUGGCAUCAAGUCCGAUAUGCCACCCUCUUUCCGACUGCCUCCAUACCCACAGCAAGAGGUGCUAGCACGGCGGCCCCAGCGAACGAGUGGAAGGCCACGGCCAGUUAGCAUGACUGUUUUGGAGCUGAAGGAGGCUAGUGCCUCCCAGCAUGAGCUGGUUAACCGCACUUCUAGUGAUGCUGCUAGCCUGCCUCGAUCUGGAUUUAGGUGGAGGCUCUUUGGGCAACCAGCACAGGAAAAGGAGGUUACAGCUGUGCCUGCACCUACCUGCAGCAAGCCAGAUGGACCAAAGAAGAAGUUCAGCUCCUUGCGAAGGAGCCUAAGUCUAAGAGUUAGGCGGAAUCGUAACCAGCCAGAGCAAGACAACACACGAGAAAGAGCACGCACAACAAGUGUAGGAGAGGAUGUGGCUCGGUCCACCCGUCCGUUUUCUUAUUUGACUGGCAGGACAUUGUCUCCUACGUAUGAACAAGAUGAGGACCAGAGGAGUAAGCAGUACAUUGAGUUUCAGAGCAGGGGAAAGCUCUCCGUUUUGGAGGUUCCUCUAGCCCCUGCAAAACUCUCCAAACCCACAAAGUCAACUUCUGCAGAGCCUAACAUUUGGCAGCUAAUCACACGUCGUUUUAAGAGAAAGGGCCCGUCGUCCAGCAACCAACCUGAACCCUGCACUGAAAGCCAACCAGCUGGCAGAGAUCUCCCAGUCAGGAAUAAAAAAAUGCAGCCUGUUCCCAUAGAGACACUAACUGGCAUUGACUUCAGUAAAGGUCAAGAUUCCUUUGUCAACAGUCAGGAGUGGACAUUGAGUAGAUCAGUGCCAGAGCUCAAAGUGGGCAUUGUGGGUAACCUCUCCAGCGGAAAGUCAGCCCUAGUGCACCGGUACCUGACGGGAACAUAUGUCCAGGAGGAGUCUCCAGAGGGGGGUCGGUUUAAAAAGGAAAUAGUGGUGGACGGACAGAGCUAUCUCCUCCUGAUCCGAGACGAGGGAGGACCUCCAGAACUUCAGUUUGCUGCCUGGGUGGAUGCAGUGGUGUUCGUCUUCAGCUUGGAGGAUGAGAUCAGUUUCCAGACAGUCUAUAACUACUUUCUGCGGCUGUCCAGCUACAGGAACGCAGCGGAGGUGCCCAUGGUGUUGGUGGGGACACAGGAUGCCAUCAGUGCCACCAAUCCACGUGUAAUCGACGAUGCCCGUGCCCGUAAGCUGUCCAAUGACCUAAAGCGCUCCACCUACUACGAGACCUGCUCCACUUAUGGCCUCAACGUGGAGAGAGUCUUCCAGGAUGUCGCUCAGAAGGUGGUGGCGCUGAGGAAGAAGCAGCAACUGGCCAUCGGGCCGUGUAAAUCCCUGCCUAACUCCCCCAGCCACUCGUCAGUCCCCGCUGCAGCCAUCCCCUCCGUACACAUCAACCAGGCUGCUAAUGGAGGCGGUGCGUUCAGUGACUAUUCCUCCUCCGUGCCCUCCACUCCCAGCAUAAGUCAGCGGGAGAUGCGCAUCGAGACCAUCGCUGCCUCCAACACGCCUACACCCAUCCGCAAGCAGUCCAAGCGCCGCUCCAACAUCUUCACAUCGCGGAAAGCCAGUGAGCAGACAAAGAGCACUGACUGUAAAACAGACAGCAUAGGCAGUGGAAGGGCCAUUCCCAUCAAACAGGGCAUUCUGCUUAAGAGAAGCGGGAAAUCACUGAAUAAGGAGUGGAAAAAGAAAUAUGUGACCUUGUGUGAUAAUGGUCUCCUCACCUAUCAUCCGAGCUUACAUGAUUACAUGCAGAAUGUUCAUGGUAAAGAGAUUGACUUGUUGCGGACCACAGUGAAGGUUCCAGGGAAGAGGCCACCCCGAGCAGUGGCGACUGUUGCUCCAACUGCUAGCCCCAAAACUAACGGUUUAACCAAGGACAGAAGCACUCUGCAGCUGGGCAUUGGAGCCACAGGUGAGGAUGGUGCCCCUCACUCUAACAGCAGCACGUCUCUGCAGUCGGGGGGCUCCAUUUCUGGCCUGGGCGUGGCCGCUGUGGGUGGAGUUAAAGAUGGCAUGCACCAACGCUCCUUCUCUGUAUCCAGUGCUGAGCAGUGGAAUGAGGCUGUUAACACCAGCAGCACCGCAGCCAAUGGUAUGACGGACCCUCUGAGCAGCACUCCUGGCAUGGGCGGAGCCACCAGCCCCAAACUAGAGCCGCCCCCUUCGCCACAUGCUAACCGCAAGAAGCACAGGAGGAAAAAGAGCACGGGCAUCACCAAACCAGAUGGGCUGUCAGCAGGAAAUGAAGGUAAACCAGAGCAAGAGGAAUCGUUUGAGUUUAUCAUUGUGUCGCUGACGGGACAGAUGUGGCAUUUUGAGGCAUCUACGUAUGAGGAGAGGGAGCUCUGGGUUCAAGCCAUCGAGAGUCAGAUAUUUGCUAGCUUACAGUCAUGUGAAAGCAGCAAGAAUAAGUCUCGAUUAGGGAGCCAGAGCGAUGCCGUGGCCAUCCAGUCCAUCAGGAAUGUGAGAGGCAACAGUUUCUGUGUGGACUGUGACGCCCCCAAUCCAGACUGGGCGAGUCUGAACCUGGGCGCUCUGAUUUGCAUUGAAUGCUCAGGAAUCCACAGGAAUCUGGGCACUCACCUGUCCCGCGUGAGAUCUCUGGACCUGGACGACUGGCCCGUGGAGCUGAGCAUGGUGAUGACUGCCAUCGGGAACGCUAUGGCCAACAGUGUGUGGGAGGGGGCACUGGAGGGCUACACCAAGCCAGGCGUCGACAGCACGAGGGAGGAGAAGGAGCGCUGGAUCCGGGCAAAGUAUGAGCAGAAACUCUUUCUGGUGGGGCUCCCGCAGUCGGACGUGCCUCUGGGGCAGCAGCUGCUGCGAGCUGUGGUGGAGGACGACCUGAGGCUGGUGGUGCUCUUGCUGGCUCACGGCACUAAGGAGGAGGUCAACGAGACCUAUGGUGAUGGAGACGGUCGCACUGCCCUGCACCUGUCUUGUGCCAUGGCCAAUGUUGUCAUCACACAGCUGCUCAUCUGGUAUGGCGUGGACGUGAAGAGCCGUGAUGCCCGGGGUCAGACGCCCUUGUCCUAUGCCAGGCGUGCAGGAACCCAGGAAUGUGUCGACAUCCUUGUCCAACAUGGCUGCCCCUCCGACAGCGGUGGCCUGUCUACGCCGACCGCCACCCGGCACAACCCUAACAUCAACAACAACAACGCACAGUGCGAGCUCAACCGCAGUGUCAGUAUCAUGUAGAUCCUGGGAGGAGACUCUCCUGUGCAUACCCAAACCCAUACUGUAAGCCUUCAGUGUCCCAGUGCCCUAAUACUGUGACUUCCUUUCCUGCCUUCAACUGUGUCCAUAUGGUCUCGCAAUGAACUUCCACCCUUUGAUGUGUCGCCUCCAGGUUACCUUUGUGAAAUACCAUCCCUCUGCCAAGACACGGUGGCCCCGUUUGCUGACCAUUGCUGCUGUGUCCAGUCUAGACUUUGUAGAUGUGUAGAUGCAGAUGUGUGAGGUCAACCCACUCUAUCCAUACAUUGUUGUGAGAGACAUUAAUAUUAAAACCGUUGACCGAGACGGCAACAUCAGUCAUCAACACCAAUCAACAAUGUAGAGUAUAUGUGUUAAAGCAAUGGUUAAAGGAUCAGUCCGGAGGGUUAGAGAGAGGCGGGAUGUUUUAACCCUUCAGUUCAGAUGGUAAAACAAAAGCUUAUUACAUAGAGACUCCAUACUUUAGAAAACAACAUAGUUUGUGCAUAAAUGCCCAUUUCUUUAUAGGUCAGAUAAGAAACAAAAAACACUAGGACAGACACCGGUCAGCUGAUUAAAGAAGAGUUCAGCUCUUGUUAUAUUGCAUCGUUUAAUAAGGUACAUCUCAUCCGACUUAAUUUUCUUUCUUGCAUUCAGCUCAUCCAAGAAUUUCCUAGGCGUUCAUCAAAGUAGAUAGCUCACUAAAAAUACCUCUUCAGUUGGACCAAAAAAAAAAAACAGAAAGCCUGAAGAGCAUGAUUACCCUGAGAAUAGUGUGUCAUUAUCAGGGCUUUGUGAGAUAGAUGAUGGAUUUCUUGAGGGCUCUGAAGUGGUCUCAUGACUGUUUGACACUGAGGUCUCACCCUCAUAUAAGUUCCUCAUACAUGGGAGAUCGAUUUACUGGCAGAUGCCAGUAAUGUUAUUAUAUUUGCUGUGAACUCAGUGUGUGUGUGUGUGUGUGUGUGUGUGUGUGUGUGUGUGUGUGUGUGUGUGUGUGAGAGUGUGUGUGAGAGAGAGAGUGUGUGUGUGUGUGUGUGUGUGUGUGUGUGACGGAGAGAGAAAGAGAGUGAGAGAAGGCUUGUUUACCUCCUCCAUACUUGAUCAUUCAUUGAUGAGGACAUGACCAUUUUGUAUUGCAUACUGAUUACAGAAUAGUAUUCUUAAACUCGAGGAUUGAGAACGGUACAGUGGAUUAUGUACAGAUCUGUGUAUAUAGUAGCUUAUCUUUCCCUUAUCUUUCCCUCUGAUGGCCUCACCCACCUUCAUCUAGCUAUUAAACUAUUAGCAGAAGAAAAGCUUGACCAUAACUGGUUGUUUGGAGCUUUCUAUACGCAGUUUCAAAUAAACGGAAUAUGGAGUGGUUCGACCAAAAGAGCUAAAAUCUCUAGCUGUAAUACUAAAAUAGCGUAAUCUUAGCUGCCAGGUUUCUGGUAGCUUUCCUUCAUUAUUAGCUGUGUUAGCAUUUUUUUGGUAAUAGUGUUCCGUUAUUCUCCUUAUCCAAACUGACAAAACGGAUUUGCAUUGACGGGUCAGACAGACUUGUCCGUUGAUGAGCUAAGAGGGAAAGUAGUAGCAAAAGCAGGCACUUUUCAACCUGCUCUGUUUGAGAAAAGCUGAAACAUAAUAAGAGCUGUUAAUAUUUGUUUUGAUACCAUGCAGUAUUUUAUGUUUGCAGAACAUUUUGCCACAUUUCUAAAUUAAGUAAUAAUAGAUAAACAAUACGGCGCAUUGAUCUAUCUUCAACAAAGAGAAGAUACUGAUGUUACCCUGUAUAAACAAAUCACCAUUGUGAUCAUUUGAUGGAACUACACUGUAUGUUCAAAUAUGUGUGGACACCCUUUGAAAUGAAAGCAUUUAGCUACUUUAAUGCAUCUCCACACAUAUUUGGAUAUAAAAAAAAAAAUGAGGAAAAAUGUAUCUGUAUUUUGGCCUCCCAUCCACACAAAACUGCAGUUUUAUUGGUUAAAUAUAUAGCGACUCAUUUUUCCUUUGUGGACUUUUCAGCUGGUUUUAGAUUUCAGUUAAUUUAUUGAAUUGUUAUAAUGAGGGACAUAAAAUGUGGCUUGUAUUGUUCUGGUUAUCUCCUUGGGGUCCGGGUACAGCUCUGCUCCUGGUUUUCAGAUCUCAGCACAGUUUGGCGAUUCUCCUGCUAAAACACAGGCUUCAAAUACAGCUCUAAUAUGUGGGUUAGGCUGUUUUCAGACUGACAAGAUAUCAGAUUUUUGGGAUAUCUAGAUCAAAUUAAUUUUGGGAUGCUGUUUUAACUACUUUAAUGCAUCAUUCACAUAUAUCCAGAUAAAAGAGAUUGAGGAAAUUGAGGGAAUAUUUUGUUUUGUUCUCCCAUCCACAAACACACACACAUACUGUUUUUGCUAAAGAAUCUAAGCUAAGAGCUUUUUUUAAAAAAGGUGUGAAUUUUUUAUAACACUGUACGUAAUUUUGGGACUCGCAUAAUACACUUCUCACUGCGGUACUGCAGGGGAACAGUGUGUGAUUUGGGAUUUUUUUUUGCUGCCUCUCUUUAUAAGCUAUAAGGUACUAUCAUCCAAUACAGGGACAGGGAUAUGUUAGUCUCAGUAUGGACAGAAAUAUGUACAAAAACAGAAGUAGGGAAUUAUGUUUUAAUAAUAUAUGGAUAUGUCUGAACAGGGCCUUUAUUGAACCCAUUGCUGACACAGGUUUAGACCCUGCUUGUCUUGUCACUGUAGAGAAGUAGAGCAGAUCAGCAUGAUCCUGUUGACAACAUGCCUAAUGCUGCAGAUAUGGGCUAGAGGGGUAUAAAACACCCGGCACUGAGCUGAGGAGCAGUGGAACUGUGUUCUCUAUCCAGUACUUAAGGGAUGAGUUGGGGAUGAGGUAAGGGGUGAUCCUAAAUUCUGAUCUCACUGAUGCUAAUCUUGUCUCUGAAUGCAUUCAAAUCCUCACAGCAGUGCUCCCAAAUCCAGGAAAAAGACAGAGACAGGUACUCCAACAAAAGCAGGAUAAACUCUGCUUUUUUUACUCUUAAUAUCUGAAGAAACAAUGAAGGAACAGUUGUCCCAAUAUAUUUGAAUGUAUAGUAUAUUUGAUUAAGUCAAUCAGUUUCAACACAUUUUAUCUGAAUUAUGUGUUUUAUUGGUUAAAUAAUAUAGACAUAUAAUUAUUUUCUCAAUCAGCUGUUUUUAGAUUUCAAUUCAUUUAUUAAAGUUUUCUAAUGAGGGAAAUGGUUUAUGCUCCUACCUUCGGAUGCCUGUGGCUUGGAUUGUCCUGUUAUCUCCUAGAAGUCUGGGUCCAGAUCUGGUCCUGGUUUUCAGAUCCCUGCAAUUUUUUUUCUGCUAAAACACUGGAUUUAACUAUACAGCAUGACCAGGUCUAAUAGGUGUGUUAGGUCCUGUUCAGACUGGUAAGAACUCAGCUUUUUGGCAUAUCCAGAUUGUAUCCUGAUUAUUUUGUAUGGAUAGUGUGAUAGUAAAGAUAACCAGAAACCACAUGAAAUCUGAUUUUCACAAAACAGAUUUUGAGAAGCAAAUCUGCACCUCCAGUCUGAACACAGCUGUGAAGCAUGAAAAUAACCAGUAUUGUGCUGAACUCUGGUCCCCCGGGAUUGACUCUGACUUUACUUCUUCUAGCUCCUGCAACAAGGAUUGAAGAUAAAGCUUUGAAAUUGUCUAAACACCAAACUGCCUGUAUUUUGCGCUGGUUGGACAAUGUUCUUUUUAUUAAAUUGGUCCAGUCUGGUUUCAGACAGUAUUUCAGUAUCUCACAAUGCAAAUUGACUCAUUUAAACAGACCGUGAUCACACUCUCCUGCCAACAAACUAAAUAUCUGCAUCCUCCCAUCAGCUCACUUUCAUAGACUCAUAUUAGGCUCAUAUUUGAGUUAGUUAAGGGACAGUGGAGCUGAAGGUUCAACACUAGUAUUAGAGACAAUAAAUGAUUUCUGACUCCAUAACUAGUAGACUAGUAAACUGCUAUCGGUACCUGAACUGUCCUCUACUAAAACCAGCCAUAUCUUCCUCUUCUUCUAGAGAGCAUUUUAGUUCUCUUUCAUUUCACUUCAUUUUGGGUACUUUUUGAUCAAGUCUUAAUGUGUCAGGCCUCACAUCUGACCAUCAAAGGUACUUUGUGUAAAAUGUUGUACAUUUGACAUAUUUAUAAAAGCCAGAUGUAAAUAUUGUUUUUUUUUUCGUUGCUUUUAUUGAAUUGUUUGUCCUUUUUUGCCCUGAAAUUUUCCAUUGUUUUUACACUCUGUUUCUAAAUGUGAUGAAGUGACUUCAUGAGAGUUAGCUGUUGUGUGCUUGGAUGCUUGGCUGGCUAUUUACAUAACACACACUCCAAUAAAAUGAUUUAUACCAUAA